AUGUACGACAAAGUCGUCCCCCUAGGCACGCGCCUACACUACCCCAUCAUCGUAACCAAACUACUGAAGAAGCCCGGCGACGCAAUCAAGAAACAGGAGAGCAUCUUUGAGUACAAGUUUCAUUGGAAGCGCCAAGUCAACGACGAUACUUGGAGCAACGAAACCACAUAUACCGAGUUCGAUAGUCCUGCCGAAGGCAAGCUCAAACAAUGGCGCAUCCGCGAAGGCCAGGAGAUCGCGGCUGACGCACCUUGCCUGAUGGUUGAAGAAGCUUGCGGCCACGAGGUUCAGGUGCAGGGCCUUUGUAGUUUGUGCGGCGCUGAUAUGACCGAGACCAACUGGGCGAGCGACAACCUCGACACAGACCGCGCUAUGAUCAACAUGAGCCAUGAUCAGACUGUCUUGAGAGUUAGCGAGAGCGUCGCGACAAAGGCCGAGCACGAGAACCAGAAGCGUCUACUCCGACAACGGAAGCUGAGCCUCGUUGUCGAUCUUGAUCAGACUAUUAUCCAUGCUUGUAUCGAACCUACCAUCGGUGAAUGGCAGAGCGACCCAACAAAUCCGAACCACAAUGCCGUCAAGGAUGUUAGAAGCUUCCAGCUUAAUGACGACGGCCCUCGCGGCUUGACAAGCGGCUGCACAUACUAUAUUAAGCUUAGACCUGGACUGAUGGAGUUCCUUGAAGAGGUCUCCAAGAUGUACGAGUUGCACGUUUAUACCAUGGGCACACGCGCCUACGCCCUCAACAUCGCCAAGAUUGUCGACCCCGACAAGAAGCUUUUUGGUAAUCGCGUCAUCAGUCGUGAUGAAAAUGGCAGCAUCACUUCAAAGAGCCUGCAACGUCUGUUUCCCGUCAGUACAGAUAUGGUAGUCAUCAUCGACGAUCGAGCCGACGUAUGGCCAAUGAACCGACCAAAUCUCAUCAAGGUGGUACCAUACGACUUCUUUAAGGGCAUCGGUGAUAUCAACUCGAGUUUCCUGCCCAAGCGACAAGAUAUUUUGCCCAUUUUGAAGUCGAAGCCCGUGGUAGAUAACAGCCCAAAGCCACCCUCAAAAGCUUCGCCUAUCGAUGAGAUAGUGAAGAUGAGCGGUGGAGAUGACGCAGCCAGCUUGAAGAGUCAGACUGAGGAGCAGGAGAAGACAUUGGAGAAGCAGCUGAAGGAACGACCUUUGUUGCAUAUGCAAGAGGAGCUGGAUAAGGAAGACGACCAGCAGGAGACGAACAACACCACCAGCGACUCACCAUCUAUCCACCACAGAAAUGUCCUUGUUGAUGACGACGAGGAGCUUAUUGCCCUUCAAGAUCACCUCACUGAUUUACAUACCUCUUUCUACGAAACAUAUGAUAGGCGACGAGCGGAGCGGAGAGAAAAGGAAGGAACACAUCCACCAGCGCACAGCAAAUCGAAGCGAAGAGCAUCUGUCGAUGAUGGCGUUGAUCUGUCUAUGGUACCGGAUGCUGGCGAUAUCCUUGAUGAACUCAAGUCCAACGUCCUGUCUGGUCUUGUGAUUGUAUUAUCAGGUCUUGUACCUCUUGGCGUUAGAGUGGAGGAGUCGGAAAUAGGACUUCAGGCUCAGAGCUACGGCGCCCAAGUUCUGGAUACGAUUUCGAAGCGAGUGACACAUCUUGUUGUUGCCUCGUCGCGUCCCCGAACAAAGAAGGUGCAGCAGGCAGCCAAGAUUCCCAGCAUCAAGAUCGUCAACCAGAACUGGCUCACUGAUUGUCUAAGUCAAUGGCGACGGCUCGAUGAACGGCCUUACUACCUGGAGAUUCUCGAUGCCGAUAGGGAAAAGGGAGGGGAGGAUAUUACGGAGAUAACGUCAGAAGCCGAAGAAGUUGAAGAUGCCCAGACCGGUCAAGAGCUCAAGGACUUCGACUGGGGUGAGGCUGAAGAUGAACUUGCCGAGUUUAUGGACGAUGACGACGACGAUGACGGAGAGAGUGUUGCUGCCACUGUAACAGAAUCCGAUCUCGAAACCGUGGACGGACAGAAUUCUAAGCAGAGCCUCAAACGGAAGGCGGAUGCAGAUGAGUCGGACGACGACGGUACAUCAAGCAUCGGCGAAAGUGUACUUGCUAAGAAGCAGCGUCUCGCUCGUAACCGCGGUGCUUCCGGCCUACGAUCAAUACAAACGCCGAACGGCGAUGAUCAAGACACAGAGGACGGAAGUCUACCAACACCAGUACCAACAGGCGAUGAAGCCAUGGAAGAUAGGGACAAGGACCCUGUGAUCAACGCGGACGAGGACCAGGAUUUCGACGAGGAUGAAUUGGAGCGGGAGUUGCUGGCCGAACUGAUGGCAAGUUGA